AUGGUUCUCUUCAAAGCUGUACUGUGGCUCUCUGAAGAUGCGCUCUCUGUAUCUGCCAGUAAGGCUCCAUAUCUCAACACCUGCCUGGAGCUGAUUGAUGAGGAUGAGCUCCUGCAGUGGGCCCAUCAGACCGAGCAGCAGCCAGCAGCAGAACACCCUGAGCCUGAGCCAACCACAGCACACAGACAGCAGGAGGCGCUGUGUCGUCUCCUCAGUAAGCUGUCUGUCCUGGAGCAGCUGAGAGACGAAGCUGACGAGACACGAAGACAGAUGGACAGACAGACAGAUGAGAGCAGGAGGACAGAGAGAGAGACAGUAGAGCUGGAGACACAGCUGCUGACACUGGACACCACAGACCCUCAACAUGCCCAUGUGACCGCCCAGCUGUCCCGGUGGAGACGGCUGUUGGACAGGAUGAGCGGGAAGCAGAGCGAGCUGGAGGGUCGCCUCGACGACAUGCUGUCACGCAUCGCCAUGGAGACGCAGGAGAUCAAGGAGCUGGAGCAACAGCUGACCGACGGUCAGAUUCUGGCAAACGAAGCUCUCCAGAGGGAUCUGGAGGGGAUCAUCUCUGGUCUUCAGGAGUACCUGAGAGGUCUCAGAGAGCAGGCUCGUCGUGCUCAGCAGCAGGUUCACAGUCUGCAGGCUGAGAAUCAGAGUCUGCAGCUCCACCUGGAGGACACUCAGAGACACUGCAGACGGCUGGAGGACACCGUCAGGACACACACACAGGACAUGUCUGUCCAGCAGGAGGAGGUGUCUUUGUUGCGGUUGGAGGCGGAGGCUCUCAGAGACCAACAGGUGGAGAGCAGCAGACAGCAGGUGGAGCUGGAGGCAGAGCUCCAGCAGCUGAGGGAGGAGCUAAACCGACAGACCACAGAGGGACAGCUGCAGUGUGAGUCUCUGCAGGAAGCUGCACACAAAGAGAAACAGAGCAGAGACAUCAGAGAGUUUGAGCUGCAGUCAGCCAUCGACACACUGCAGGACGAGAAAUCAUCUCUUCAGGAAACAGUCCAGAGACUUCAGGUCCAGCUAGACCAGACCAGGACUCAGUUACAGCAGACCAGGACUCAGUUACAGCAGACCAGGCACCAGUAUAAAGACAGCAGGACCCACGUGGAUCAGAGCAGAGUUCAGCUGGACCAGAUCACAGCUGCUCUGUUGGAUUCUCAGGAGGUUCAGAGUGGACCAGAAGAGCUGGAUGAGGACCAGUACAGUCCUGAGGACAUGUUGUCCAGGAGUGUGGAGCAGCUCUGCAGGGCGAUCCAGCAGACCAGAACCAGCAGAGACCAACAAGACCAUCACCACAGCCACGAGCAGGUAGCCAGACUGCAGGCCCAGGUGGCCCAGGAUCAGGACCGGAUAGCCCAGCUGGAGGCCCAGCUGGAGGCCCAGCUGGAGGCCCGGGGGCUCGCCGGUGUGGAGCAGGAGCAGGAGCAGGAGCAGGAGCCAGACUGGAGGCUGAAGGAGGAGCUGGAGACAUUGAGAGUCAGACUGCAGACAUCUCAGAGCAGCAACAGACACAUCCAACACAAACUGGAGGUGGAGCUGGAGCAGAGCGGUCUGCAGCUUCAGGACGUCCAGCACGAGAGAGACACGCUGCUACAGCAGCUGCGUUCACAGAGCGAAGGUCACCAGAGGAGCCUCGCACGUCUCAACAGGAAACUACGGCAGCUAAGCAGGUCCAUGAGUGACUCUGAUCAGCUGACUGCAGAUCAGCUGAGGGCGACCUCUGAACAGCUGAGAGCUCUGAACCACAUGGUGGAGCUGCUGCACGCACAUGCACAGCAGGACGCUGCAGAGGAGAUCGACGGCAGCUUUCACCAACCUGAAGGAAGCUCAGAGAGAUGGAGCGAACACACACCAACGCUGCAGUGUGAACACACACACACGGUGGAGGAGCUGAGGGCGGAGCUGGAUAACACUCAGAGACACACACACAGGCUGAGACAGAAACUGGACCGGAUCAGAACCAGGACCAGGACCAGGAGCAGGACCAGGACCAGGACCAGGACCAGGAGCAGAGAUGGAGGACGGUGGUGUUUCGUCCCUCCAGGACACAGUGCUCCCAGUCUGGGUUCUCUGGGGACUCAGGACUCUGGUUUGGGGCUGCAGUACCUCAGUUCUCCUGAGAGGGGGCGACAGCAGGACAGACCGCCCACAGGAGGAGGCUACUGGGUCUACAUCCCCCCCACACACACCGACUCUGACACAGCAGCAGCAGAGUGGAGGGACAGCGGAGGAGGAAGUGACAUCGACAGGAGCUCCAGAGGACAGACUCCUCCUCCUCCUCCUCCUCCUGACCCUGCUGCAGCUGUCUCUGAUGGUCAGACUCCCCAGGUCGGACUUGCCUGGCUCCUCUGUGGUUCUCCUGCAGGAGGCGCUGUGCUGCACUGUAACGUCCCCGAACACAGAGACAUGGGAGACAGGUCUGUGUGUGAGUGUGUGCACAAAGAAGCAGAGCGACUGGAGGAAGAGAAGAAGAAACUACGACUGGAAACCAAACAGCUACGACACACACUGAGACAACACAGAAUUCUGCACACUGGAGCUUUAAGACCUGGUUUUUGGGCCAGCUCAACUCAGCGGGACGUCGACAUGUUGCAGCGCUCGGCUCAGGACGGCGCCACCUGUGUUCUGGAGGCCACACAGCACAUCAGAGUGCUGCAGGAGGAGGUGGAGGAGCUGAGGAGGAGGAGACAGGAGGAAGAGCAGAGUCUGAUGGGGCUGGAGGAGGAGCUGAGGAGCAGGAAGGAGGAGCUCCAACAGCUGGGAACAAAGCUACACUCAGCGUCAGACAGGUUAUCUGACGUGCUGUCAGACCUCCAGGAGUCUCAGUCAAGUCUAAACUCACUCAAUAUUCAGGUGGAGCAGCAGGAGCAGAGGCUGGCUCAGAGGAGGGAGGAGCAUCAAACAGCUGUGAACAGAGUGCAGGAGGUCAGAGAGGAGGAGCAGCGACUGAAGGACAGAGUCAAGGAGCUAACGGAGCAGCAGGAGGCGCUGCUGAGUCAGAGGAGCUCAACAGUGUCUGCUUUGAGAGAGGACGAGCUGAGACUGAUCUCAGUGCAGUCUGAACUCAACACACACAGAGCAGAUCUGAAACAGGUCCUUCAGGAGUUACUCACAGAGCAGCAGGCGCUGGAGGAAGUAAAAACCAAACGCACCCAGAGUCUCCAGCGGCUCCACAGGAAGCAGGAUCAGCUGGACAGACUGCAGGACGAGGUAGACAGGACGAAGGAGGAACUGGACAGACUACAGGACGAGGUGAACAGGAUGAGGGACGAGUUGGACGGGACACGGGAGGAAGUGAACAAGAGGAAAGAAGAGCUGGAAGAGACGCAGCAGGAAGUGGACAGGAAGAAGGACGAAGUGGACAGGAAGAAGGAAGAGCUGGCUGAGCUGAAACAGGAAGUUGAAUCUCACAGGAAAGGAGCAGAGAUCAUUCUUAAAGAGAUGAAACAACAACAGACUCACCUGCAGGACCUGCAGGAGGAGCUGAGCAGGAGGAGGGAGGAGAGGAGCAGCCUGCAGGCGCAGUGUAAACACCUGGAGGCCAGACGGAGGCACGCUGACAGGAGUCUGUCAGCGGUGGAGGAGGAGCUUACUAAAAAGAGGGAGGAGCAAAGCCACGCCCAGCUCCACAAACAGGAAUUGAUCAGAGAUACAGCAACC